AUGUCAUACGACGAUCCACACGGGCUUCCAGCGCUCGAUUACAACACAACACUUGUUCCAAAGAGCCACUGCUCGACAUUUUUUUCAUUCAACUUGCACUUUGAUCAACCAACAGGCCCGUCACGGAACCUUACGACAAUUGAACUUUGCACGAUAUCAUCCGCUUAUGCUCAGACUGUUAAACCGAAUUUGCUUCUCGCGUGCAGCGAUCCUUUCAUGGAUCAGCUUGCCAAGAAAUAUCAUCCAGACACGAACAAAAGCCCUGAUGCAAAAGAAAAGUUUGUACAGAUUCAAGAAGCUUAUGGUGUACUCUCGGAUGAAGAAAAGCGAGCGCAAUAUGAUCAAUUUGGAUCUUCGUUUACUGGCGAUGGGCCAACAGGAGCAGGGGGUUUCCCGGGUGCUAAUUUUGGAAACUUUGCAGGAUUUGGACCGGAAGACUUUAUGAACCAAUUCUUUGGUGCUACUGGUAAUACAUUCAACAGAGGUGCAUUUGCGAGAGGAGAUGAUAUUGAGACAGUCAUAACGGUUCCAUUUAUGGAAGCUGUUAAGGGAGGACGACGGGAGAUUACUAUCGAGCACGUCGCCCUUUGCACAAAUUGUAAAGGGUUCGGAACAAAGAACGCGCAGAAACCAGAAAAAUGCUCUACAUGCGGCGGUACAGGUCUACAGUGGACUGCCGUCGCCAGCGGAUUUCAUAUGCAAAGUACGUGUAAAGAUUGUAGAGGCAAAGGUCGCAGAAUACGCCCGGAUAACAAAUGUCUUGUGUGCAACGGUCUUGGAAGAGUAAGAGAGAAAAAAUCAAUAUUCGUGGAUAUUCCUGCAGGAGUGGAUGACGGGAUGAGCAUAAAAAUUGCCCGGGAAGGCGAUGUUCCAUUAGAUGUAGAUGGCCCGCCGGGGAAUUUGUACGUAAGAAUCCAAAUAAGACCUUCGAGCAUAUUCAAACGUCAGGGUUCUACCAUAUUAGUAGAUGCCGAAGUCCCAUUUCAUACAGCAAUACUGGGAGGAUACAUUCGCAUACCGACAGUUGAUGGUGACGUAGAAGUUAAAGUCCCGUCGGGAACGCAGCCUGGUCAGCAGGCUGUAUUGAAAGGGCGAGGUGUUCGUAAGGUCAACACGCAGUCUCGUGGAGAUCAAAUAGUCGCAUUUAAGGUGACAGUACCAAAGAAAUUGACACCGAAACAACGACAGUUGAUAGAAGAAUAUGCCAAGACCUCGAGUGACACUUAG